AUGGAGGGCUCGGGGAUGCGUCGCCUACUCAUCGACUACUACUCGAGUCGAUCUGAUGUAGAGGAAGUCUGCGCCGACCUACAAUCAGAAGCGGCACCCAAAGAUCUGCUUCGCAUUCUUGUGCAAGCGUUCAAGCGCAAUUGCCACGAGUCUGAAGCACGCCGUAAGGAGUGGCAGAUGACGGCAUGGUCCCCUGACACACCUGCGCGAGCUAUCAUUGCCGUCUGUGCUCCACUCAUUGACGAAUACCAACAUGAAGCAGAGCUCGAGUCUAAAUCGGAGUUUGAAGUGCCCGCUUAG